AUGGCUCAAAAGGCAGCGAAGACGCUUGCAACCCGCAAUGCAGCACGAUUGAACUACACUCUCUACAUCACACUAGGCGUGCAUCUCGUUUACGUCCUCCUCCGCCUACUCAUCUUCCGAUCAUCGUUCCAGCGCAGCUCCCUCAUCAUGUAUAUCUUGUUCUCCCUGCCGUCGGUCGUCAUCGAGUUCUGGUUUGAAAGUAUUGCUCGUCCGACGUACACCACCAGCCCUUCCGGCGCACCGGAGCUAAAGCGCAGCGGCGAGGACCUGGAAGCGAAAGGACUGACAGAGUACAUGUGGGAUGUCUUGUACUGGACAUGGAUUAAUAUUAUUCUUGUAGCUGUAGUCGGUGACUAUGCUUGGUGGCUGUAUGCUGUCGUGCCAGCAUACUCGGCCUGGCUAGCUUGGACAACAUUAAUGGGCUACAAGCAGGGCAUGAGUGGAAUGGUUGGCGCUGGGAGCGAAGGCGCUGUUGGUACACAGAGCAAGAGACAGCAAAAGAUGGAGAAGAGAGGUGGCCAUAAAAUGGUGUAUCGGUGA